UCUCUUUGGCUUACUUCCGCUAAGCGAUUUAAAUGAUCAAUUUUCAAAACGAAAGAAAAUGUGUUUAGGGUUAGGAUGUUGUUUUGCGUUACUAGAAAGCUUGUUUUACUUAGGACUAGUAUCACUUCCUCUAAUAGGUUCUUUUUACGGAACUGAUGUAAUCUAUAGGAUUUCUAUUUAUCUGAUUUUUCACACUUUUUUAUUAGAGUUUAUUUCUAAAUAUAUGGGUAUACUGGUUCCAUUCUUUAAUGUCAUAUUUUUGAUUGCCUUGAUGUUUUUGCCAAUAUCUUUGGCACCUUGGCCUAUAAUAUGGAUUUAUAGCACAGUCAUUUUGCUGACAGAGCCUGUUCUUAGGAUUGCUGAGGGGAUAGUUUUACUUAAUGUUGUCAUGCGCAAAAGUCAGUCAGCAGCAGAUGAAAUAGAAAAGGAUGAAGAAUCUUCCAAUUUAUACAAGGGAGUUAUAUUGUUGUUUUCCUCCAUAUGUUAUGGUCUGAGUGCAGCUCUGGUUUAUGAAAUAUACAAUGCAGGGACAUAUAACCAACGGAUAUGUCUCUUUGUAGUACUUUGCUUUUGUCUAGCUGUCCACAAUAUGAUGAUAAUGGCUCAUGAAGGUAUAAUCAGUGAUUGUGCUUUCUGCUGCCUAGUGAACAUUGCAGCACUUUAUGUGAUGAUGAAAGAAGUGGAACAAAGGAAUACACAUCUUACAGAAUCAACACUAUGGAAGACUGAAAUCCCAACAUCAUCAUGGACUACUAUAUUUGGAGGUUUAAGUGCUAGUAGCAUUUUCAGCAACAUCCUAUACACAAAUAAAAAUAAAGCACACACAGCAAUUAAUAUUUUCCAAAGGUUUUUCAGUCCAUUAUUCAUUAUUGGUCUACUGAUAAGACUUUAUAGUAUCUUAUUCAUUGUCAAGAAGAUGACAAGAAAUUUUUUCCAGGAUAAUGAUGAUGAAAUCACACUAGAUGACUUAGAUGAUGACUUGGUACCACCAUGGAGGUCACCACUUUUGCUCAAAGUUGCAGUCAUUUUUAUGUUCACACAACUUAGUGUAAUUUAUCUGUUUGACUGGGCUCCAGGAAUGACAAAACUUUUUUGGCCUUCAGAUUUAGUAGUCAGCAGACUUCUUCAAAUCAUCAUUGUUAUUCUAUUUUACAUAUGGCGAUUGUAUAGAGCAGAAAAUUGGACUUGGAAUAUUUGGCUUACACCAAAUUAGCUAUAGUAAUGUUAAAUGUUAUUCAGCUACUGGUACUAUAAAAUAUUAAAAAUUAAUUAGGCUGUUUUGCAAAUUUUUUAAAUGUGUUGUACAUAUGUUUAUUAUGCUGCAAAUAAAAAAAGAACAUAUUUUCUUCUGAUAAA